CUGCUGAAUGCAGCUAUCGCCAUUCAUUUCGUGGAGCUUGUUUAUUUACCCGCCGCGGCUGUGUCGAGAAUAUAAAUGCGACCAGUAUUUUUUUGAGAAACAAAUCCCAAUAAGAAACGAGUGGAAAUAUAUCUAAAAUUGAGGUGAAUCUUUCACACACGGUGUCUAAAAUGUCAAUUGGCGUGCCCAUCAAAGUGCUGCACGAGGCCGAAGGCCAUAUCAUAACCUGCGAGACCAACACCGGCGAGGUCUAUCGCGGCAAACUAAUAGAGGCUGAAGACAACAUGAACUGUCAGAUGCAAAAUGUGACAGUUACUUAUCGAGAUGGCCGUGUUGCUCAGCUAGAAAAUGUAUAUAUAAGAGGCUCAAAAAUACGGUUCCUCAUAUUGCCGGACAUGUUGAAGAACGCACCCAUGUUCAAACGACCUGGUGGCAAGGGCUCUGGCACUGCUGGUAGAGGAAAGUCUGCCAUAUUGCGUGCCCAAGCUCGUGGCAGAGGAAGAGGACAACAGAAUCAAAGAGGCAAAGGCACUGGCUCGGCACCUUGGCUCAAUCAACAAGGUCAACCUGGUGGACCUCAGACUGGAAGAGGCAGGGGUUAAGCUUGAUGAUAAAAUGUAUAUAUUUUUCUAAUAUUAAAAUAAAAUUGUGAUAUUAUUUAAAUGUUCUCGCACCAUUAAUAGUGUAUAUUUGUAUGUGAGUAGAGUACAUUUAUACAUUUGUUUAUAUUUUCGCUUUAAGACACAUACAUGUGCAUUUUUGCAAAAACAGAUUUAAUUGUCAGAUUGAUUAGCUACUCGUUUAUGUGGUCGUUGCUUCGUCCACUAGAAAGUAAGCUUUAUUUACUUUACAACACAAUAUAAAGUUCGAAAUUUUGACGAGAUACCAUAAAUAUUAUCACUAUUAUCACUAUCAUGAUAUGCUUAAUGUAUAUGUUUACUAAACAGUUAUUGUGUAUUAUUAACAGGUCUCUUCUUUUUAGUUAUACCAUGUUACAUUUGCUAUACAAUAGAUUGUGAAACGGUUUAGGCACAAUAAAAUUAGGAACUUACCAAACUAUUUGGUCAGUUCCUAAUAAAUUGAAAGUUA